UAAAAAAAAAAUAUAUUGUAUCGAUAAAGCCGAUUUUUCAUCAGUUAUAUUAAAAAAAAUAUUUUGCAAUGGCAAAAAUAUCCAUGGUUGCUAAAUUGUCUGUAGAAAUAUUAUUAGCAAAAUCCAGCAGGCGACUGCUGGGCAUGUGGAUUUUUUCACACACCUAACUCCUUCUUCCACAUCUUUUUAUUUUUGUUUCUUUUUCUUCUCUUUCUCUCAGCCCAAUUUGUUUCUUCUCUCCCAGACAAAACCUCCCGCCUCUUCAAAUGGCAGCAAUGUCAGGGAAGAUUGUUCAAAAUGUUUUUAUAGCACAGUUCUACCAACAGAAUAGGCAGUUCGGGACCCAAUAUCAAAGGGACAGUUGUGCCCCUUAUAUGCGCACUUUGCCUCAUUUAAAUGGAGGGAAGUUAGCACGGACUGGCAUCUCCUCCAUGCAAGUGCGCGACUUAUCAAAAUACCAGAGUGGUUUUGUUAACCUACUAACAGUUAACUGCAACGCAGCUUCGUCUGCUACUACAGUUCCAUCUCUGGACAAAGUUGAUUUUCUGAAGCUUCAAAAUGGCAGUGAUAUUCGAGGUGUGGCUGUUGCUGGUGUUGAAGGAGAACCAGUAAGCCUCACUGAGCCGGUUACAGAGGCAAUAGCUGCUGCUUUUGCUGCAUGGUUGUUGGAUAAGAAAAAGGCUGACACAUCAAGACAGUUGAGAGUUUCAAUUGGUCAUGAUUCUCGUAUAUCUGCACAAUUGUUACAGGAUGCUGUUUCUCGAGGCAUUGCUAGUGCUGGACUUGAUGUUGUUCAAUAUGGUUUAGCAUCUACACCAGCAAUGUUUAAUAGUACGCUUACUAAAGACGAUGCAUUUUUAUGUCCGGUUGAUGGGGCUAUAAUGAUAACAGCUAGUCACCUCCCUUAUAACAGGAAUGGGUUCAAGUUCUUCACUAAUGCUGGUGGUCUUGGGAAAACUGACAUAAAAGACAUCUUGGAGCGUGCUGCAAAUAUAUACAGUAUUUUCCUAGCUGAAGGGUAUUCGGUAAAAAAGGCUUCAGCAUCGCUUAAAAAGGUCGACUAUAUGUCUGUUUAUACAUCUGAUCUUGUGAAGGCGGUCCGUAAAGCGGCUGGGAAUAUAGAGAAGCCAUUGGACGGAUUCCACAUUAUUGUUGAUGCAGGAAAUGGUGCAGGAGGAUUUUUUGCAGCAAAGGUACUUGAGCAUCUUGGUGCUAUUACUGCUGGUAGUCAGUUCUUGGAGCCAGAUGGAAUGUUUCCAAACCAUAUUCCAAACCCUGAGGAUAAAGCUGCAAUGAAAGCUAUUACCCAGGCAGUUCUUGACAACAAGGCUGACUUAGGGAUCAUCUUUGAUACAGAUGUUGAUAGGUCUGCUGCUGUGGAUUCCACUGGUCGUGAGUUAAAUCGAAAUCGUCUAAUUGCUUUAAUGUCUGCCAUUGUUCUCGAGGAACAUCCAGGAACAACCAUUGUUACAGAUAGUGUGACUUCAGAUGGGCUUACUUCAUUCAUUGAAAAGAAACUUGGGGGAAAGCACCAUAGAUUCAAAAGAGGCUAUAAGAAUGUCAUUGAUGAGGCAAUUCGUUUGAAUUCUGUUGGAAAAGAAUCACAUCUGGCUAUAGAAACCAGUGGCCAUGGAGCUCUCAAGGAGAAUCACUGGCUCGAUGAUGGGGCAUACUUGAUGGUCAAACUCCUAAAUAAACUGGCUUCAGCAAGGGCUUCGGGCAGAGGUGAUGGAAGCAAAGUCUUAACAGACCUAGUUGACAGUCUGGAGGAACCAGCUUUUGCCGUGGAACUGCGACUAAAGAUUAAUCAGAGUCAUCCUGAUCUUAAAGGAGGAUCUUUCCGGGAUUAUGGGGAAGUGGUGCUGAAGCAUUUGGAUAACCAUAUUGCUUCAGAUCCCAAGCUUCAGAAAGCACCUGUUAACUAUGAAGGGGUUCGAGUUUCUGGCUAUGGAGGGUGGUUCCUUCUUAGGCUUUCACUUCAUGAUCCUGUCCUUCCUCUUAACAUCGAGACACCAAGCCAUGAAGAUGCUGUGAAACUUGGACUCGAAGUGGCAGCUGCUGUGAAGGAAUUUCAAGCUUUGGACACUUCUGCAUUAGACAAAUUUGUCCAACCCUAGUAAACUGAGUGGCUACCUCUUUCAGCUCUUAAGAGUUUGUGUUGCAGUGGAUGCCUCCUGUUUUGCAAUGAGCUGACCUGCUAAUGUAAUAAUGGUAGUUUUGAGGUUUGAGUAAGUCUUUUUACAUUUCUUUUCGGAAAGUGACUAGAAAAUCAGUCAAGGACUUGUGCAAGAAUACACAAUUUUCGAGGUUCCAAAUAAUAGAGAUGAGUCUGCACACGUUUCCAAUCUUAACAGCAACAUCUAUUAUCGUGCCUUACACUCUGAAAAA